UACGAUGUCGACAACAUUCAUCCAAUGACGAAGAUCGACGACUUCCUGUAUAAGAUCGACAACGCCGUACAGACGGUCUAUGUGCUCAACGAGGCCGGUCCCAUCAAGAAGAUCGACCACAAGCUUGUGCAGCGUGCGAGGCGUAUGGGUCUCUCCGAUGGACACAUCGCUGAUCUCGUCUCGUUCGACGAAGACACCAUUCGUGCACACCGCAACUCGCUUGGGAUCACACCCUUCGUCAAGCACAUCGACACGCUCGCCGCCGGGUACCCCGCACACACGAACUACUUCUACACCACAUACAACGCGUCCGAACAUGACGUCGACUUUAACGAGCACGGCACAAUAGUGCUCGGCAGUGGCGUAUAACGCAUCCGCAAUGGCGUCGAGUUCGACUGGUGCACAGUGACGUGUGCGUGUAAGGCGUGCGAGAUGGGUGACAGGACGAUCAUGAUGAACCACAAACUGGAGACGGUGCCGACGGACUUCGAUGAGGCUGACAGAUUGUACUUCGAGGAGCUUAGCUAUGAGCGGCUGAUGGAUAUCUACGAGUUGGAGCAGGCGCAAGGUGUCAUCG